AUGGUCGGAUUUUCUCACAAACCAAGUUGCCAACUCAAUGAUCCGUCUCUUGUCGCUCCUACAGUUCCUUUCAGCAAGCAGGAAGUCGGCUUCGAUGAUGCCGAUCAGCCGAUCCUCGUGGGCUGGUCCGGCGAGAAUGACCCUCUCAAUCCCGCCAACUAUAGCACGCCGCGAAAGGUCUUCAUGACCUUGCUGGUCUCGCUUCUCGCCAUUUCCGUCACGGCAGCCUCUUCAAUCGACGCCUGUGGUGUGCUGCAGUACAGUGAAUAUUUCCAUGUCUCCGAUGUGGUUGGAUCCCUCGCAACAGGUCUCUUCUUGAUCGGCUUCGGAGUCGGUUCAUUGCUCUCCGGUCCCUUUUCCGAAACAUUCGGGCGCAACGCCAUCUAUCUUGUGACGAUGCUCCUGUUCUUAAUUUUCAUCAUGGCUGCCGCGCUCGCCCCCAACCUUCACGGGCAUUUGAUCUUUCGGUUCUUUGCUGGGUUCUUUGGGUCUACGCCGCUCACCUGUGCUGGCGGGACUGUGGCAGACCUGUGGGAUCCUCUCCAAAAGACGUGGGCGUUCCCACUUUAUACAGUCCCUGCAUUUACAGGACCCAUUCUAGGGCAGAUCAUUGGGAGUUUUAUCCCGGGUACUCUGGGGUGGCGAUGGCUGGAAUGGAUCAUGCUCAUCAUGGGAGGGUUGAUCUUGGUGCUGGUGACAGUUCUACAACCCGAGACAUACGGAAACCUCUUGUUGGAGUGGAAGGCCGCUGCCCUUCGAGCGCAAACGGGCAACAGCCGAUACAAGGCUCCGAUGGAACUGCGUUCAGAGAGCUUGGGCCGUCGGUUGAUGGUCGCCGUAUACCGGACCUUUGUCUGGAGUUACAGUGAGCUGAUUAUCAUCCUCAUGGGUCUCUAUCUCUCGGUCAUAUACAUUGUUCUCUUUACCUUUCUCGAGGGCUACGCCUUUAUCUUUGGAGAUACGUAUUCCCUCUCCCAGGGACUGACCAGCAUUGCGUGGACCGGGAUGCUGAUCGGUGUCCUGCUGGUUUCUUGCAUCGUCCCGGUGGUCUACUCGUGGACCAGCCGGGAGUACCGGUCGACGUCUCGGAUUCGCCCCGAAACGCGAUUGUGGUAUGCCAUGUUGGGAGGCGCCCCUGCGGUUCCAGUCAGCCUGUUCUGGAUGGGUUGGACGAGCUAUCCCAACAUUUCCAUCUGGUCGCCUCUGGUUGCCUCUGUCCUAUUUGGAUUUGGCACCACCACGAUCUUCAUCGUCGCCUAUAUGUACAUCAUCGACUCCUAUGGGGUUUACUCAGCGUCCGCGCUGGGGUUUGUCGUCUUCUCGCGGUACCUGGUCGCGGGAGGCAUCACGGUCGCCGGAGCUCCCAUAUAUCGGUCCAUCGGUGUCCAGUAUACUCUGACGAUUCUGGGAGCGAUUAGUGCGGUGAUGGCGGUGAUUCCGUACAUGCUUUAUAUUUAUGGACCAAGCAUACGGAAGUUCAGCAAGCAUGCUGCGAAUAGGGAAUAG